CUCAGCCCGGCCUCUCCUGCUCCAGGCUCCCGCCCACCCUCUCACGGUGUUCGUCACGGUUCGGGUGGGCGCGGAUUCCCAUACCCUUGGCUCAGCGCCGGGCUGCCUUUCUGCUUUUUGUGGUGGGAGCAGCCUGAGGGCCAGAUCAGGGGCAGAGACAGCGAGAAGCAACGUUUAAGUUGACACAAAGGAAAAGAGUCAGCGAAGUUCAAGAUUUUGGAAAUUUUUAUUUUUAAAGCAUAUCCUAAGCUCCGGGGAGAAAGGGCUGAAGGGGUGGGAAAAUCAUUUUGGUACAAACUCCAUAUCACGAAGGAAGAAAAGAGACCAAUCAGGGACCCAGUAUCGAGUUGAUUGGGAACUGAGGAUGUUGGACACUAUCAUUCCUGAUCUUCAGGACCUGAGCAGGCAGGUGCUGCCCACGCUGCCCUUGCUGAGCCAGGAGGAAGUCUCUACUAUUUGGGGGAAUGUUUCAGAGUUUGUGGAGCGGCAGCUAGCCUUGCACAAGGGGGUUCAUAUUUCAGGAUUUGGAACUUUCACUUUCACGAGACAAAAGCUUGAAAUGGGAAACAAGUUUAUUCUAAUUCAGAGGCCUGUGUUUAUCAUGACAGAGAAGUUAUUGCAGACUCAUGGGCUCAGUCAAAACAAAGUUUAUUCUCCUGGUGAUAUCCCAGUUGUUCCACUUAAUUUUAUCAUGAUAUCCCUGGAGAGUCCAUUUAACAGGGACACAGUGGAAGGAUGUGUUAAGGAGACAAUACUUUUUUUAUCACGAUCCAUUUCUAUCAAAAAAAAUGUGGAAUUUACAUUCAAAGGAAUUGGGGUCCUCGUGAUCAAAGAUGGCAAAGUGAAGAUGAAAUUUUAUAAGGACUUCCUUUGUAACAUGGAUGGAAGUGGGACUUUGAUCAAAGCCCUAGCAAAUAGGCCCAACACUGUGGACUCGGUGUUGUCAAGCAGAGAGGCCUUGAAGAGGCGGCCUGGUAGUGUCCUUUUGUUUCCAAGGAUUGAGCACAAAGAGACGGAGAACAAACCACCUAUGGAGACCAUUGCAGAAGAAGGUAGAGAGAAUAGACAAAGAAAGAGCAAGUUGAAAGACCAGCCAGAAAAAGGAGAUGUCAAAGAAACCUUGGCACCCAAGAAAAUUCGAGAUAAACAAAUUGUGUUCCCAACUAAAUCAACCAGCUUGCCAGACCAGUUUGACCACGGUGGGAAUGGUGGGACGAAUGUAAUCUCUAGAAGCUCACCAUCUUUAGCUUUUCUGAAAAAUGACAAUGAAACAAAGCCCAGAACAGACCUAGCCCCUGAUUGCCAGGAUCAUAAAAGGGCGGGACAGGAAAUGUGCUAUGUAUGUUUACAACGAGCAAAACGGAAUUUCCCGUUGUACUACAGUGAGGAGAGGAGAAGGGGAGCAAUAGAAGAAGAGCAACUCAUACAGCAACAUCAAAUAAUGAAAGAUCAGGAGGCUUUCUUCAAACACCAGAUUAACAGUCUGGCUGCUAGAGAACAGAAUCAGAAAAAUGCUGCCUAUAAUCUUGGAGUUGCUGAAGCCAUAAGAAGUCACAAGAAUGAGAAACCUGAAUUUUAUAAAUCCUUCCUGUUUGAUAAACGGCCACUUAGUCCUGAGAUUAAUGCUAUUAAGCAAGAGGAAUAUUCCCAAAGUCUCUUGAGACAAAUGGCUAACAGACGGGAAAAGGAAAUAAAGCAAAGACAAAACAGAGAGUUGAUGGACCACCUAGAACAAGUACAGCUCACAGAGGAACUUGCUGCACAAAGAGCCAAAUAUUUAAAAGAUAAAAUGGAAGAAACACUGUGUUACAAGACAGCUUUGGAUGCUCAGAUGAAGAACAGACCCUCUCAGUUACCUGUGUUUGAACCGGACUCCUCUGAGCCCAUCUUUGGUAAGAAAAAGACUGACUGGCUGGUGGAAAAGCGAAAGCGAGAACAGGAUUACAUGAAGCACCAGCUGGAAACAGCUGCUAACCAGAAGAGGGAAGCCAUUCUGCACCAACUGGUGGAUCAGAAGCGGGACUUGGAGAUGCUUCAGAGGACAAGAAAAGAGUACUUGGCAGACAGAACUGCAGAGCUGGAGAGAGUGAACAAAAUGAACCAAUGCUUGCAGGAGGAUUGGGAAAAUAGCAUUGCAAUAAAGAAAGAGAAGGACCUGGAAGAAAAGUCUUUCGAGCGGGCUUCCAACAAGCUGUUCCUUUUGGACCAGUGCAAGAAGUAUCAGCGUUGCAAACAGUGCCAGAGGCGCAUGUCCAAUACAGGCAAGAGCAACUUGUGGCACAUGAACAAGUUCCUGCAAGGCUCCCGGUUGCUUGUAUAAAACUCAGUUUGACUUUUGUUUCCUGGGGAACAUUUAAAUCUUUUACAUGUUUGGAGUGAUUUUGAAACUGCAUAUUUUUACCUCAGAGGAAAAAAAAAUUACUGUUUAGGUUCUAUGCUUUCAUUAGAUUAUUUAGCCUCUCAUUGAAUUCAAGUUGGCUGGUUCUUCCAUCCUGCCUUUCUCCCACCACUACUUAUUCCUGGAAUUUCUCUUCUAUGGCAAUGAAACUGAGUGGCUCUGAGGACUGGAACCCAUCGCCAUAGGCCCUGGGAAUGGAACCCAACUUUGCUCUGGCUGCUGAGGGACUGCUGACACAACCCUGCUAUAAAUUUCAUUUUUUUCAUCCAUAAUGAAACAAUGUCAUAAUAAAUAUUUUCUAAGUGCUUGACUGUG